UCAUGUUUUCUGAUUUUAAACUUUGACUUGAGUCAAAUUGACCUUUACGCACAAGAAGGUCAUCCACAAAACAAAAAAUAUGGGAUUAUACCAUCACUAUUUUUAUCUUUGUCAAUGGCAUUUCACAGAAGUGGGACUCUGUUUAAUAGAUACAUCCAAACUGGAUAUUACAUCUAACUUUCCAGUUGGAGGGAACCAUCUCGUUCCAUCACGUUUGGGCAGUUGAAUGUCUGUUUAAAGAUUAAUUCGUCUUUUCGAGCCACAGAAACCGUCAGUCUCCUACAGGUCGCUGCAUACCACCGUUGAUGCUUUAAUUGUUAUUUGUUCGUGUCCACUGCUCGUUUCCUCAUAUAUUUGUUUACUUCUGUCUCGUGUUUUGUUUUUAUAUAUAUGCAUAUAUUUAACAUGCGUCUGUGUUGCUCCCCCACCGUAGCCUUCCACAGUUUCCACGGUACCAAUUUAGUCACUGUUGAUGCUCCAUGCCUUCCACUGUUUUUGGAGUAGGAGGAGGAGGAGGAGGUGGAGAAGGAAAGGGGGGCCGCCUUGUGCGUCAGAAAGUCAAACAUGUUCCAGUAACGGACUAUAUUAUCUGCUGCUAUUUGCAGUGCGCUGUAGCCAGGCGCCAGACUGAGCCUGAGCACAAACCGGCAGCGCUUUUCUUGUUAUUGCUCUUCUGUGAUGGAAACGCUCUCAAUAGGAAUGGCAUCUGCAAGGCUGCUGGCACAAAAGAGGAGUCUAACUCUUUCCCCAGGCACUACGGGCACCGUGCCAAAGACAACACACUCAUCUGAACCUCAGCUCUAAGAGGAUGGCAGGAGAUGUGAGGAGUAACAUGGGGAUGGGAAAUAGAUUAAGGUUAUAUGUGAGACUGUUGGCAGUGAGCGUGUUACUGGGAGAUGAUCUGAGCUGGCUGGGCCUGAGAGACCAGGCUGGGGUCAAUGCCCAGAACAAUGAGAGAAGGGUAUUAGCACAUAUCCCAGGCGACAUCAUUAUAGGAGCUCUGUUCUCUGUCCACCACCAACCACCUGCAGACAAGGUCCAUGAGCGGAAGUGCGGUGCGGUGCGUGAGCAGUACGGAAUCCAGAGAGUGGAGGCCAUGAUGCACACUCUGGAUCGGAUUAAUGCAGAUCCCAAUAUCCUCCCAAACAUCACCCUGGGCUGUGAGAUCAGGGACUCAUGCUGGCACUCUGCGGUGGCGUUGGAGCAGAGUAUCGAGUUCAUUCGGGACACACUGGUGUCCAACGAAGAGGAGGAGAGCCAGGGCAGGUGUACUGCAGAGGCAGGGAGUUUGCUGAUGCAGGGGAAGAAGCCCAUUGUCGGGCUCAUUGGGCCAGGAUCCAGCUCCGUGGCCAUUCAGGUGCAAAAUCUCCUCCAGCUGUUCAACAUCCCACAGAUAGCAUACUCAGCCACAAGCAUGGAUCUCAGUGACAAGAGCCUGUAUAAAUAUUUCAUGAGGGUGGUGCCAUCAGAUAUGCAACAAGCCCGAGCCAUGGUGGACAUCGUGAAGAGAUACAGCUGGAGCUACGUGUCCGCAAUACACACAGAGGGUAAUUAUGGUGAAAGUGGUAUGGAGGCAUUUAAAGACAUGGCAGCAAAGGAAGGGAUCUGCAUCGCCCAUUCCGAUAAGAUAUACAGCAACGCAGGGGAACGGAGCUUUGACAAGCUAUUGCAGAAGCUACGAGGCCACCUGCCCAAGGCCAGGGUGGUGGCCUGCUUCUGCGAGGGCAUGACGGUCAGAGGCAUACUGAUGGCCAUGAGACGACAGGGUCUGGUGGGAGAGUUUCUGCUGGUUGGAAGUGAUGGCUGGGCUGACAGGUACGAUGUGACCGACGGCUACCAGAAAGAGGCAGCGGGUGGAAUCACUAUAAAGCUGAAGUCAGCGUAUGUGACCUGGUUUGACAAUUAUUACCUGAACCUGAAGCCUGAUGCCAACUUAAGAAAUCCUUGGUUCCCCGAGUUCUGGCAGCAUCGUUUCCAGUGCAGGCUGAGGGGGCAUCCACAGGAGAACAGCAAGUACAACCGCACCUGCACCUGGAGAGAGUCUCUGCGACAACACUAUGCCCAAGACACCAAGAUGGGUUUUGUCAUAAAUGCAAUCUACUCCAUGGCUUAUGGCCUGCAUGCCAUGCAGGAAGCCCUCUGUCCGGGAUACAAGGGUUUGUGUGAAAACAUGCGGCCCAUUGAUGGACGCAAGCUGCUUGAAUUCCUGAUGAAAACCAACUUUACCGGCGUAUCUGGAGAGAGCAUCCUGUUUGACCAGAAUGGAGACUCACCUGGCAGGUAUGAGAUAAUGAACUUCAAGCACAUAGGCGAGGACGAGUACUCCUACAUCCACGUGGGAAGCUGGGAUCAGGGUGGCCUGAAGAUGAACGAUGAGGAGAUCUGGAGCAACAACACUGACAUCAUCCAGUCGGUCUGCUCCGAGCCCUGCCAGAAAGCACAGAUAAAAGUGAUCCGUAAAGGAGAGGUGAGCUGCUGUUGGACUUGCACUCCCUGCAAGGAGAACGAGUUUGUCUUUGACGAGUACACUUGUCGAGCCUGUGUCCUCGGCUCCUGGCCCACAGAUGACCUCACUGGUUGUGAACCUAUCCCGGUGCAGUAUGUGCGUUGGGGGGAUCCAGAGCCCAUCGCUGCUGUGGUCUUCUCCUGUCUGGGCCUCAUGGCUACACUUUUUGUUACCUCUGUCUUUAUCAAAUUUUGGGACACUCCUGUGGUCAAGUCAUCCAGUCGCGAGCUCUGCUACAUCAUCCUGGCCGGAAUAUGCCUGGGCUACCUGUGCACCUUCAGCCUUAUCGCCAAGCCCCACAUAGUCUACUGUUACCUCCAGCGGCUGGGAAUUGGCCUGUCUCCUGCCAUGAGCUACUCUGCUCUAGUCACCAAGACCAACCGUAUAGCACGGAUCCUGGCAGGCAGCAAGAAGAAGAUCUGCACCAAGAAACCGCGCUUUAUGUCCGCCUGCGCACAAUUGGUCAUUGCCUUCCUACUCAUACUGCUGCAGCUGGGGAUUAUUGUGGCACUUCUUAUCAUCGAGCCACCACAGGUGGUCUAUGACUACCCCAGUAUCCGUGAGGUACACUUGAUCUGCAAUCUGACCACUCUGGGGGUGGUGGCGCCUCUGGGCUACAAUGGUCUGCUCAUCCUUAGCUGCACCUUUUACGCCUUCAAGACUCGUAAUGUUCCGGCUAAUUUUAAUGAGGCCAAGUAUAUUGCCUUCACCAUGUACACCACCUGUAUUAUUUGGCUGGCCUUUGUUCCUAUUUACUUUGGUUCCAACUACAAGAUCAUAACCAUGUGCUUUAGUGUCAGCCUCAGUGCCACAGUGGCUCUCUGCUGCAUGUUUGUCCCAAAGGUGUACAUCAUGCUCGCUAAGCCUGAGAAGAAUGUCCGUAGUGCUUUCACAACAUCCACCGUGGUGCGCAUGCACGUGGGUGAUGCCAAGAAAGCUGCCAAGUCUGGCAAAUCCUCUAGCAGCAUGGCCAACUUAUUUCGACGCAGUGGGUCCUCACAAGAUAACAUCAGUUCCAAUGGGAAAUCAGUGACCUGGGUGCAGACUGAGCGCAGCUACAGACCAAACCUGUGGAAGAGGAUGUCAUUCCAUGUCAAGAAAAAGGAAGCCGUCGAGGUGAACCAGACAGCCAUUAUUAAGCCCUUCUCUAAAGAGGGAGAUACACCUGCGGACACUGGUGUCAAAGAGCAGUACGAAGAGCCACAGGGGUCUCAGCCCUUCACCUGCUCACCCUCUCAGUCACCUCUGCUCACUAUCAGCCAGCAUGCAGCAAAGGCAAGGAGCUUCCAGGGAGGGGAGGAUGGAGAGGAGGCUCAAGCUUUACCCACCUACGUCCCCGAGCACCCUGCUGGGGUCAGAAGAAGAGGUGUUGACAACAGCCAGGGUGCUGGUAUGAUUGAUGGUGGGGACAUUAGCAUCAUAGGUGUGGGUGACAUCGGCAUAGGGAUGAUUGGCGGCCAACCUCAGGGUACCACCAUCAUGGACCAAAUCAGCUCUGUGGUCAACCGUUUUACUGCCAACAUCAGCGAGCUGAACACCAUGAUGCUGCCAGGCGGAGUCCCCGUCAGCCCCACCACCACCACUGCACUGCCCGUGGUCGCAGACGCUGUCCCCUGCCCACCUCAGUACCUCCCAUCCAGGAGCAGACAAACCACCUCCACAGUCACCACAUACGCCGAGGUGGCAGCUGUCUCCAGUUUCUGUGAGAAUCGACAAGCAGGUAAGAUUUAUGACCACCUGGCCGGGACUUGCGUGAGCAGCAGACGAGCGAAGGAUAUGGAGGAGUUGGUGGCUUUGACGCCUCCCUCCCCAUUUAGAGACUCAUCGCUGAGCUCCGAUGCCAGCUCUCCCCCCUCGAUGUCCCCUGCCUCUGAGGCUGAAUAUGACCAGCUGCUGCUGAAACACUUCAGCCAGAGCUCAUCUUCUCUCUAAACAUUUUCUCUCUGCAACAUUUCCACCUUGUUUAUGCUCUUUUUGGAGUAUUUUAUUCUCCGAAAGAACUGGACCAAACU